AUGGAUUCAGACAAAGACUCCGAAGUGGAGUUCGCUCCUAUUACGGAGCGAUCCCAAACCACCAUGACUGCUGUGGAUGAGCGUGAAAUCGAGACUCUUGGCCGUAUCGCCUCGAGUCGACUUGGCCAGGCUUUAUCUGCAACAACAACAAAUGACAAGAAAGACCCCCGCUUGGACCCCGAAAACCCCGAAUUCGACCAUAACCGAUGGGCUCAGAACCUACUCAUCAAAGUUCACGAGGCGGGAAUCGAUAUCCCAGACCAGGGAAUCGUCUUUUCGGAUCUCUCCAUCAGUGGUUCUGGUGCCGCCCUCCAGUUCCAAGAGACCCUCCUUUCAAGUCUCACAGUUCCCUUCCGCAGCGCUGCAAGAGCCCUUUCAGGUCAGAAAUCACAGCCGCGCCGCAUCCUUCACAGUUUCGAUGGUCUGCUCAAAGGUGGUGAGCUUCUGCUCGUACUAGGGCGCCCUGGAAGUGGCUGUACGACUUUCCUCAAAACACUUUGUGGCCAUCUCGGCGGCCUUACCAUGGACCUAAAUAGCAAAAUCCAUUUCGAGGGUAUCGAUUACAACGACAUGAUUAAGUACCACCGCGGCGAGGUUGCAUACAACAAAGAAGUCGAUCUUCACUUUCCCCAUCUGACCGCCGGCCAAACUCUCUCCUUUGCCGCCCAUGCUCGAGCUCCUCACCGUCGCCUCGAAGGUGUUAGCCGGAAUGAAUAUGUCGAUACACUGGUGAAAGUUGUGAUGUCCGUCUUUGGUCUCACUCAUACCUACGACACCAAAGUCGGUAGCGAGUUUGUGCGAGGUGUAAGUGGUGGAGAGCGAAAGCGUGUCAGUAUCGCUGAAAUGUUUCUGUCGCGUUGCAGAAUCGGAGCCUGGGAUAACAGCACUCGUGGGUUGGAUGCAGCCUCGGCUCUCAAAUUUGUCAAGGCUUUGCGUCUUGCUGCUGACAUGGGCAUGUCUUGCCACGCCAUUGCCGCGUACCAAGCAUCACAGUCCAUGUACGAUCUGUUUGACAAAGUCGUUGUUCUCUACGAAGGUCAAGAGAUCUAUUACGGCCCUAGAGAACGCGCUGUCUCCUAUUUCCAGGAUAUGGGUUGGACGCGCUCCGAGCGUCAGGUCAGCGGUGACUUCCUCACUGCUAUCACUAAUCCUAGUGAGCGCAAGGCCCUUCCUGGGAUGGAAGAUAAAGUUCCACGUACUCCCAAGGAGUUUUCUGAGUAUUGGAAGAAGAGCCCCGAGUACCAUUCUCUUCGCAAGCAAAUAAUCGAAUUUGAGCAACAGCACCCUCCAAAUGGCAACGACGCUAAACUCCUCCGCUCCACCCAUGAAGCACAGCAAGCCCGCCACACUCGAUCCAAAAGCCCUUACUUCCUUUCUGUUCCUAUGCAGAUUCGACUUUGCACCCAGAGAGCCUUCCAGCGCAUGAAAGGCGAUUUGGCGACCGCCAUUGCCCCUCUGAUUGUCCAAAUUAUUCUAUCCUUGAUCAUUGGAUCUGUCUUCUAUGCCACCCCCGACACCGCCGAUUACUUUUUCCAAAAGGGCGCUGUUUGCUACUUCGCAGUGCUCAUGAAUGCCUUACUUACGAUGAAUGAAAUUCUUCAACUUUACAGCCAGCGGCCGAUUGUGGAAAAGCAAGCUGGUUAUGCUUUUGUACACCCAUUUACAGAAGCUCUGGCUAGUCUUAUUGUGGACCUACCCAUCAAACUUGUACGAAUCUCAGCAUUCAGUAUAGUCUUAUACUUCAUGGCGAAUCUGCGGCAAGAAGCCGCCAACUUCUUCAUUUUCUACCUCUUCCUAAUCGUUGCUGUCAUGACCAUGUCCGGUUUAUUCCGUAGCCUGGGGGCCCUAACUAAGUCAGUGGGCCAGGCUAUGGCACUUGCUGGCAUCAUGGUUCUUUGCAUCGUUGUCUACACCGGCUUCACUCUGCCUCAGCCUUAUAUGCACCCGUGGCUCUCCUGGAUUCGUUGGAUCAACCCGAUCUACUAUACCUUUGAGGCUUUGAUUGCGAACGAGUUCCAUGGCAAAGAUUAUAGCUGUGGUUCCAUCAUUCCAAGCUAUGGCACAGGAACGAAUUUCAUUUGUUCCACAGUUGGAGCCGUGGCUGGUCAGGACUUUGUCUCUGGUGAUGCUUUUAUCGAACAGAACUACUACUACCACUACUCUCACCUGUGGAGAAACUUUGGCAUCCUCAUCGCAUUCAUGGUAUUCUUUAACGCACUCUAUCUCACGGCCACUGAAUUCAUUUCCAGUGACAAGUCCAAGGCGGAGGCUCUUUUGUUCCGACCCGGGCACGCUCCAAAGUAUCUGCAAGAUCAGGAUGCCGAGGGUGGUGCACCAGACACAGCCAAACUUGAAGUGCAACAGACAAACGACACUAUUCGCCUCCCAGAACAGUCCGAUGUAUUCACGUGGAGCUCUUUGAAUUACGACAUUCCUGUCAAGGAUGGAACCCGACGCUUGCUGGAUGAUGUGAAUGGCUGGGUCAAACCAGGUACUUUGACGGCCUUGAUGGGUGUUUCUGGAGCCGGUAAAACAACUCUCCUUGAUGUCCUCGCCCAGCGUGUGUCGAUUGGUGUCGUUACUGGUGAUAUUUUCGUUAAUGGUCUACCGCUUGCCGCCAACUUCCCUCGCCGUACUGGCUACGUGCAACAGCAAGACCUUCAUCUCGACACUACCACUGUGAGAGAGGCUCUGCGUUUUAGUGCAAUGCUCCGCCAGCCCCAAACGGUUUCCAAACAGGACAAGUACGAAUACGUCGAGCAAGUCGUCAAGGUGCUUGGCAUGGAAGAUUUCGCUGAAGCUGUCGUUGGAUCCCUCGGAGAAGGGUUGAAUGUGGAGCAGCGUAAGCUUCUGAGCAUUGGUGUCGAACUUGCUGCCAAACCUACUCUUCUCAUUUUCCUCGAUGAACCGACUAGUGGCCUUGACUCCCAGAGUUCAUGGACAAUUUGUCAGUUUCUUCGAAGACUGGCGGAUCAUGGGCAGGCCGUCCUUGCAACGAUCCACCAGCCUAGUGCAACCUUGUUCCAAACCUUCGAUCGUCUGCUCUUCCUAGCGAAAGGAGGCAAGACCGUCUAUUUUGGCGAUAUUGGCGACAACUCCUCCAUUUUGCUGGAAUACUUCGGAAAGAAUGGAGCUCCUCCUUGCGAAGAGUUGGAGAACCCGGCCGAGUACAUUCUCGAGAUGGUUGCAGGAGAUGGUUGCCCCGAGGUUGACUGGCCCACAGCUUGGAAAAAGAGCCCUGAGCGUGAGGAGGUGUUAGGUGAACUUGAUAGAAUACACUCUGCUCGCCGACUCUCGGUUCACGACACAGUUGGCGAUAACGAUACUGCCGAGUUUGCCAUGCCCCUAUCUGCCCAACUUUCCAUCGUUCUGCAACGCUGCUUCCAGAGUUACUACCGCCAGCCCGACUACAUCUAUGCCAAGUUUAUUCUCGGUAUCGCGUCCGGUUUGUUCAUCGGAUUUUCUUUCUGGAAAGCGGAUAAUACCCAGCAAGGGUUCCAGAACGUGUUAUUCAGCAUCUUCCUGUUGUGUACCAUCUUCAACACCCUCGUCAACCAGAUCAUGCCUCGCUUCGUCGCUCAACGCUCGCUUUACGAGGUUCGCGAGCGCCCAUCUCGUACAUACUCCUGGAAGGUCUUCAUUGUUUCACAGAUUCUCGUUGAAGUCCCCUGGCAAGUUUGCCUGGGAGUCUGCUCAUGGGCCUCCUUCUACUGGUCCGUCUUCGGCACUGAUCAGGACGCUGAGCGCCGCGGAUUAAUCAUGCUCUACAUUGUGCAAUUCUUCAUCUACGCUGCCAGUGCUAUCAUCGCGACCAUGACGUUCGGUCUGUCAUUCAUCUUCAAUGGUGUCAUGCAACCGCCGAAUGACCUCCCACGAUUCUGGAUCUUCAUGUACCGUGUCUCUCCAUUCACAUACUACAUCAGCGGAAUUAGCAGCACAGCUCUGCAUGGCAGACAAGUGCAAUGCAACUCAGCCGAGCUAAGAGUGUUCGAUCCUCCUGCGAACCAGACUUGCGGAGAAUAUCUCGGCAAGUAUGCAGAAAUGGCCCUGGGCUCUAUCUACAACCCCGAUGCCAUGUCCGACUGCCAGUACUGUACCAUGCGCGAAGCUGAUCAGUAUCUCGCGGCGCGUGAGAUUUACUGGGAAGACCGUUGGCGCAACUAUGGAAUCUUCUGGUGUUAUUUUGUUUUCAACAUUAUUGGAGCCAUCACGCUCUAUUAUAUUUUCCGAGUGCGCACCUCGCGAGCAAAGGUUGGAAAGGGCAAGAAAACUGCCUAG